GCAUAAAGAGCGACAAAAAACCCCCAGGCUGUUCGGCUGCUUGUUGUUACGGCAACCAAAGUACACUUCCGGUUCGUCUCCAGGGCAACCAGGAACGCGUUUGAGCAGCAGGCUGCAAUCGGGCAGCUACACACUGGGCUAAGGUGAUACAUUGAGGGAAAUGUCAGACAUGGAGGAUGAAACGCUGGAGGAUGGGCCGGAGGAGGAGGAGGAAGAUGAGGAGGAAGGAACCGCCGAAGAGACCAACCAGGAUGUGACCGAAAGGGACGAGGAAGAGGAGGCUGAAAAGGAUGAGGAAGAAGAUAAAGAGGAGGAAGAGGAAGCUGAAAAAGAAGAGCCCCCGCCUCAUAUGCCGUUAUCAGAGGAGAUGCUGAGAGAUGGACUCUCCCUGCUCUGUAAGACAGGGAAUGGCUUAGCUCAUGCCUACGUUAAACUGGAGGUCAAAGAGAGAGAGCUAACAGACAUCUCAGUUCUGCAGUCCUUCAUACACCUGCGCUAUGUGGACUUGUCCCAGAAUUCCCUGCAGGACCUGUCUCCCUUGGGAGCCCUCACCCAUCUCCUGAGUUUGCGGGCUGAUCACAACCAGCUGGUCAGUGUGAGCGGCCUGGGCGAGCUCCCCUACCUGCAAGUGGCCAGCUUUGCGCAGAACCGGAUAAAGUCGCUGCAAGGAUUCGGGCAUCCGCGGCUUGAAACUCUCAACCUGAUAGGAAAUGAAUUGCGGGAUCUGGAGGGCUUAGAGUGCAGCAAUCUGAGCAGCCUUCAUACCUUGGAGCUGCGCAGUAACCAGUUACUCAGCACUGCCGGACUCAACCUACCCAGCCUGCGGGAGCUCUACCUGGGACAAAAUAACAUAAGUCGCCUGGAGGGUCUGGAGGCUCUUGUCAAUCUCACCACCCUCCAUCUUAGAGACAACCAGCUGGAGAGCUUAGAUGGCUUCUCAGAACAUCUGCAGGCCCUCCAGUACUUAAAUCUCAGGUCCAACAUGGUGGCGAAGCUCCAGGAGGUUCAGAAGCUCUAUUGUUUGCCCAGGUUACGGGCACUUGUUUUGCGGGAGAAUCCUUGUGAAGAGGAGGAGGGUUAUCGCAUGGAGACUCUAAUCGCCCUACCCCAGCUAGAGCGCCUCGAUAAGGAUUUUUUUGAAGAGGAGGAGAAAAGGGAGGCCGCAGAGACCAAGAAAGCAAGGGAGGAGGAGGAGAUGGCUGAGCCUGGAGAGAAGGGAAACUAACGGAGCGCCGGGCCACGCUGGCUGAGCGUGUAACCGUGCUGCGCGGGAUGCAGAGUCUAUGCAGUGGGACCAACUCGAUAGCAACCGCUAAUUCUGUAGAACUGGGAACUUGGCGCCAUUUAGGUACCACUCACAUUGCCUGGUUUUAUAACUGAACUCACUGGCGCUAAAAGGUGCAGCCGUAGCGGGACACUUGCCAUUCUACAGACUGAGGCGCUGGGCAGGAGCGCCGGAUAUUGAGCCCCAGUUUUUCUUUACAGGACCACGUUGGUCAUUGUGCCGCCUGUGCCGCGAGAGGGGUAAAUACAGCAAAUAAACCACCUCCAAUGUGUUUAUAAAGCU